CAGAUCCGAAUCCAAUCCACACAAAAUGGCGUCCUGCUCAAGUGUAUGCACGCUUCUCGUGAGAAAUCUGCCACCAGACGCAAAGGAAAACAAGCUAGAAGAGUUGUUUGCUGAUAUUGGACCCGUUAAGCGAUGUUUCAUUGUCCGUGACAAGGCACAACAGUCGCAGUGCAAGGGCGUUGCGUAUGUUACGUACGCCAGCGCUGCCGAUGCAGAGGCUGCCGUGGAACGGAGUCGGCGACGAAGUUUGAAGUGGGGCGACCGUAUUCUAGCAGUGAAAGCUGCUGCUCCCAAGGCGCCCCGCGGGCCUGCGGGCGAAGUUGCAACUCCGAAGAAGAGGACAUUCACGAAGGAGGAGAAAGCAGCGAGAAAGAAGAGGAAGCCGAGGCUGAUCGUCCGCAAUCUCUCGUUCAAAGCAACCGAGAAAACUCUGCGCGAUUGUUUUUCGAAGUACGGAAAUGUCGUCGAGGUGACCAUCCCGAAGAAGUCAGAUGGGAAAAUGCGUGGUUUUGCAUUUGUACAGUUUGACGAGACCAAAAGCGCCAUCAAAGCAAUUAACGGCCUGAAUGCUACCGAGGUAUUGGGACGACCGGUCGCGGUCGAUUUCUCCCUUCCCAAGGCAAUGUACCAGCAAACCAUGACUAAUAGCGAACGUGCUACGACUAACACUGCCGAUGAAGGGGGAGGCUCUGUUUUGCCGCAUGAGGAAAGCGAAGACAUGUCGGAUGACGACGCUGAAGAGCACUCGUCUGGAGCUUCAGGAUCUGAUGACUCCGAGCACGGCUGCUCAGACAUGGACGAAGACGAUGAUGAGAGUGAAUGCAGCGCCGACGUCGAACCUGGUCGGCACCCGAAAGGCGACACGAAGAACACGGUGUUUAUUCGAAACCUGUCGUUCGACAGCCAGCAAGAGAGUCUUGAAACCUUGAUGAAACAGUUUGGACCCUGUCGGUAUUGCCUCCUCUGUACAGAUGUGGACACCGGCCGCUCCAGAGGUACAGCAUUCGUCCGCUUUUCGCAAGAUUCAAGCGUAGACGCAUGCCUUGAAGCGGCUUCUUCCUCUGCAGGCAUUAUGCUAGAUGGCAGGCGGCUCGACGUGGUCCGGGCUCUCAGUCGGGACGAGCUGGAGGAGAAACAGAAGGAGAAGAAAAAAGAAAAGAAAGACCGCCGCAACCUGUACCUGGCGCGAGAGGGGCUGGUCAGGCCCGGCACCGAGGCUGCGCAAGGUGUCUCGCCACAGGACAUGACAAAGCGGGCCAAACUGCAGGCACGCAAGCGCAAGCUACUCGCCAAUCUCCAUUACUUUGUGUCGCCCACACGACUCAGUGUGCACAAUCUACCGCCUUCCGUGGACGAUCGCAAGUUGCGGGCGCUGUUCUUGGAGAACGCACCACAUGGGGCGCGCAUCACGGAAGCACGCAUAAUGCGGAACCUGAAGUCUCCAACCGCUGAGUCCUACGGUUACGGUUUCGUCACUUUCACUAGGCACGAGGAUGCGCUGGCGGCACUGCGGGAACUGAACAACAACCCUGGCACUUUCGGACCGAAGAAGAGACCAAUAAUUGAAUUUUGCCUGGAAAAUAAGGCAGCACUCUUAGCCAAGGAACGAAGACUGCAGAGAAGCAAGCAAAAGCUAAACGAGCUACAUCACGGUCGUGGUGAAGAGCAGAGGCUAACUGAGGUUCCCCUGGAAAAGAAGACAGCCUUCAUGGGCGCAGCUGCAAACAGAAAGAUGAAGGGUUUGCCAACGCAUUCCGGACCAAAGGUGCGAACUAAGAAGGGUCGCGCUGGCAAGCAAAAAUUGCAGCUGAAGAACAAAAAAGGCAAGAGGAAGCUUCAGCAAAAACAGAAAACCUUUGUCAAGAGUCUACGGACUGAGAAGGACAGUUUCAGCACAAUGCUUGACAAACACAAGAAGGUGCACUCAAAGCAGACUCCUUCAGUGCGUAAAACAAAGUGGUUUCAGAAUGAAUAAAUGUGUGAGGCUGCCAGUGAACAGCACAUUGUGA